AUGGCGACGACGGUAUCCAUGGAGUCUGCGUUGCCAGAGUCGGUGAUGUCAGCGCCGGUGGCCAUGUCCUCCUCCUCCUCAUCCUUGACUAGGCUUCGAACAUGCCUUGCAAUAGGCUGCGGCGUGGGGCUGCUGCUCUGCGCCGGUGUCGUGCUGCGGCACCGCCUCGCUCGUCCGCGGCCACCACCGCCGUGCCCGUGCCCGAUGGCGGACAACACGAUUGCCCUGCUGCGCGACCUGCACGACGGCCCGUUCCGCUUCGGCGAUCCCACGCCGUUUGCCGUGGCCGCGCGGGCAGAGGCGACGCGGCGUAUUCGACGUCAGCAGCGGGAGCGCCGACGGCUGCGCCGGCGCAUGCGGUCGCAGUUGUGUCGCGCAAGGAGUUCUCAGCAGUUGCCGUCAUGGCGUGCGGGAGCGACCGCGGCGGCCUCCGCGCCUGUCAGAAACGUCCUCGGAGCCGGCGGCAAGCAGACGUUUUUGCGAACGGCGGAGAACGCACCCGCGCCGCAAGACCCGCUGCGGCAGGGGCGCGAUACCCCCAGCAACGAGCCCACGAGCGGCGAGGCAGCAACGGCGGCGGCGAAAGAAAGAGAAGGCCGCGCUAUGGCAGAGGUGCUGUCAGAGCGAGAGGGCUCCCUGUUGCCCUUUGCCAACUCCGUUGCCUCGUUGUGCGCCGUCGACUACGACGACGACGACCCACGCGACAACGACGGCUAUGAUGAGGGCGCGUACUCCGCGAACGGGACACUGAUGGCGAGGAGCGGCGGCUUCCGAAAGAUGGCAUCGAGCGAGGUGUCGUUCAUCUCAUCGACGACGACGGUGAGCAGUUCCUACGACUCGGACCACUCGCGCUCGCCGAGUACCAGUGCCAGCAGCGCCACCGCCAGCGGCAGCAGCUACUACUCCCGCAUCAGCACCCCAUCACUCAUGCAGUCCACGGGGUCGUCUGUAGACUCGCAGGGUGGCGCGUCGUCGCUGCUGGCCAUGACGGCCGGCUCUGUGGCGAGCCCCGACGGCAUCCCAUGGGUGAAGGCCACGCUCGAUGGCGGCAGCGUCACGUGGGGCGGCCUUCACGGCUCCCACGACGCACCACAGCCAGCGCAGCAACACAGCCAACGCCAUAACCACCAGCCACCGCCGAAUGAUCCAGCCGGAAGCUUCAGCAACAUCGCUCAGAACAUGGUGUGUGGGUCGAUGUCUAACCCACAAUCGUCUUCGUCCCCACACUCUAUGCCCGGCGCGAUGGCUGGCCAAGGGGGUCGCUAUCCGGCGCAACCGCUGUGGUGUGGUGCCUCCUCGUCGGCCCCGAGCAUCCGUGCAUCUGGCGGGAUGCCGUGGCCGGGAGCAAACACGACAUCCUCGUGGACCUUCGGUGGUGGCGGCGGAGGUGACAGCAGCGGGUCCCCAGAGGUAGCGUGCGCAGCGACCUUUGCCUUCGUGCCCGGGCCGGCGCCAUCGCUGCUGGCCAGUGGGAGAUGGGGCGGCGGGGCGGAGGACGAGGAGCCGCAUCGGUACACAGCGUCUGCCCUCAUGUAUGGGCCGCCGCUGUUCUCGACGGAGAUGGACGUCACGGAUGCACUGGCGGAACUGCGCAGCUCGGUGUGCUGCAGCGGGGACCGGCAAGGCAGCAGCUGUCUCGCCGGCGGUGCCUCCAGUGCAAUAAACACCACCUCCUCUCCCUUCGUGAACUGCAACGUCACCGGCAGCGGCAGCGGCAUCAUGGCGCGCAUAAACUCCUCAAACAACGCCACCUCCCUCCAUCAGCAGCAACUAGGGAUGUCGUUGUCCUCGGCGCACUACCGCUCUCAGCAGCAGCAGAGCACUCACCAUCACACUUGGAGCCACCCGCGAAGUCAGGGCUACUUCUCGGGCACGUCCAUGAGCGCAGCCAGCGCAAGCGUUGCGCUCCCCGCGUACGCUCGGCACACGGUGCACUACCCGGGCGGUGGCAGUGGCAGUAGUAGUGUCCAGCCGCCGAAGCAUCAGCACCAUCACCAUCACAGUAGCAGCGGCUACCAUCGCGUAUCUUCUCGCACCAGCGUUCGACGUAGCGCGAACUGGUCGCCUGCGAUCUCGCAGUGGCUACCUGAGACGCUAUCGACCGUGCAGCCUGUCUACGGCUACGACAGCGCGCCUCGCGGUUUGGGCAGCGGCGGCAGCGAAGGUGCCACAGGCGAGAGCACGACCAGCGGCGGGAACGGCUCCUUCACCCACGCUCCCACCGAAACACCCAUUUCGCAAGCGUCGUCGGCUCUGCGUCGUUUCAUGACGACUGGUGGCCGCGCGCACCACUCAUCAGUGCACGGUGACAUCAACAGCAAUGCCCACCGCUCCUUCCGCUCCGUGAACUCCGCGCUGCGCCACCUCUGCCAGUACGGACGGCACUGCUGUAGCGGGCGGCUGCGCCGGUGCUGGCGUCGGUGCCGGCGACUGGUGCGUCGUCGCGUCAUCGUCAGCUGCGCCGCCGUCCAACUAUGGGUGACGCGCAUAUUGUGUGCGAUGCGGCGCGGCUCCAGUGCGCUCGGCGGAGGCUGCGCGAGAGGGUGGCGCUGGGUCAUCCGCCAGUGGCGGGAGAGCGCCUCCGCUGCGUCUGGCAAGGUGUUGGCGUGGCUGCGUCGACCACGAUGGUCAUUAUUGAAGACUGGCGCGAUGGCAGCCGACGAGACAAGUUGCACCGCGGCUGCUUCUGUGCCAUCGAGUGAAGCAGCCAAGCGACAUCCAGGGCACACUUCCACGGGUGCCGAUACUGCGGCGGAAGCGGCAGCGGCGGAGGCCAAGCGUGGUGGCCUUCUGAUGACGGACACGGCCGACGAGGCUAUUAACAAGAUCGUGCAGCUGCUGGAGCCGACACCUGGGCGUGUGCCAACGGUCGUGGUUAUUCGUGCCCCGCUCGGCUAUGACGUGUCGACUGAUGCGGCGAGUCUCUGGAAGGCGCUCCACCUCGACAGCACCUCAUCCGAAGAGGGCCUGAUCGACAUUAUCAUCAUGGAGGAGCUAAAGACGGGUCCACUGCCACCGGCGCAGGCCCGGGCAGCAGCCGCGGCUACAGGGACAUCAUCACAGGUGGUCAGCUUCUCUGCGAACCCGGCGGCGCCGCCGAUGCCGCCGUGCACCGGCACAUCCGACGGUGAGAGGGCGGCAGCAACUGCGGCACCAGCGAAACCGCCGACGUCACCGCUACAGCGGAGGCGGCCACCGCCGGAGCCGUCUCAAGCAUCCGCUGUUGUUGCUGCUGCUGCCACGACGGCGGCAAGAGCACAGGCCCAGCUGCGCAUCUCCUUCGAAAUCUACCCAGCACACCUGUUUUACUCGUUGAUCUUCCGCGCAGCGGUGCUGCAAGAGAAGGACUGGGCGUUGCGACGUGCGGCUGCGGAGCUCUUCGGCGGUUCCGCUGAGAUCGAAGGCAGCGGCAAGGGUCUCGGCGCCAGCGCAGGAGCCAACGCCAGCGCCGGCGGCGGUGUCAGUGUCACGCCGGGGUCGCCUCUGUCACUCGUGCGCGCGCUGUCCUUCACCUUCGGCGUCCAGGCGCCGGCGGGAGACUGCGGCAACAACAACAACUCGAUGGACCCCUUCAGCCACCACCCACACCACGGCACAGCCCCCGUGGGGGGCAGUGCCACCGGCUUGGAAAACUACUGCCUCUCUCCACUGUCGCCGGGGCAUUUCUGUCGAGUACCGGUCUCCCCGAAGCUGACGACGCCGUCGCUGCACGUGGGUAUCAGCGGUGGUGGUGGUGGUGCUGCGGCUGCGGCGGCCGGCGUCGGUGUUGCUAAUGCGUCCCCCGGGAUGGCGGGCGCCACUGUUGCGUCGCCUGUGACCUUGCCAGCGUCUGCCUUCUCCUCCGUGGCGGCGACGACAUCGCCCCAGGUUGUGGUGCGCCUCUCGGAGAGCUACAGCUUCCCAGCUCAGCCGCCGCAGAUGGUGAUGUCACCGCCGCUUGGGACGCAGCCCGGGUUCAAGGCGCCGCUCGGUGCGCUGCCGGCGGGCUUGCGCUGCUCCGCAUACGGCGGGGGUGGCAGUGCAUUCUCUGGUGUGAGCCCUGCCGGGGGCGCCAGCGGCACUGGUGUGCUGCCGUCCAGCGCCGCAGGUCGCAUCAUCUCCGACAACGAGCUUCUUUUCUACAUCCACGUGCUGCGCACGGCUGUCGGUGACGGUGUCAACACGACGGCGCUGCCAUCGAGCAGGGCCUCCGAGGUGGACGACGACGACGCGGAUGCGAAUAGUGCGGGCGCGAAGGCAGCAGGCGCGCAGCGGGGCGGCGCCGAUCCCGGGAAGCGAAAUCCGCGGACGCCGAGUGGCAUCAGCGACGCGGCCCUUGUCAGCCGCGACGGGCGGGACGCUGUGGAGGAGGACGACGAUGACAGCGAGGACCUCACCUUGUUGGAUCUGCGACAGCGCGAGAUCGAGCCACAGGUGCUGCUACGCUAUCGUUUUCGUGUGUUCCAGCAAGGCUGUCGCUCCCGCAAGGCCCUCGACGCCGUUGUGCUGUACACGCAGGACCACGUGGAGCCCUGGUACGAGGAAGCCAAGGCGAUGCUGCAGGCUCUGCCGGCCACGGAGAGCUGCCAGCCCCUCUCCUCGUUCUCUACGCCGUCGCUGCGAGUGAACGGGAGCAGCCCCGCGCUGCCGCCGUCCGACAGCGUGGGGCGGAUGACGUCGCUGAGUGGGGGUGGCGAGGCGACGACAGGCGUUGCUUCAGGCCGCCCGCAGCGUCGUUCCUGUCCGCGUCCGGCAGGACUGCCGCUGCUUUCUCUCGGCACCGCGGCGCUGGCAAGCACGCCGGAGCUCGACCGGGUGGACUGCCGCACCACCGUGGAGAACAGUGGCCCGCUGCAGCUGCCGGCGUGGGCGAUGGAGGUGCUCAUCCGACGCGAGAGCAUGCGCGAGACGCUUGUGCGCGACCUGAAGGAAAAGGCCUUCCGCGUGUGUGCCGUUCCACUUCCGGACAUGCGGGUGCACUGCAUCUUGCCACCGGCAGUGCCGCGCUACGUCACCGCCCACGCGCGCGGCUUCCCUCUCAGCCGCACCUUUGCCGAGGAGGUCCUCUCACAGCAGCGUGCGCUGCAGUUCAUUCUGCUGCAGAGGGAGCAGGAGAACCAGCGCGCCAUCGCAGCGCGCAUCCGCCAGGAGCAGCGCCGGCAGCAACGCCGGGAUCGGAGGCGACGAGAGCGCCGCGCUCGCGAGGAGGCGUCUAGGCGGGCGCAGCAAGAGCGGAAGCAGCAGAAGCGGAGCCUGAACUCCCAGAGGCGCGAGUCGGGCGGCGGCGACAGUUUGAAAAAGUGUCUGACGGGGACCCUGAAUCCGGCGACCGUCGUGUCGCGCGUCGUGUCCAUGGUGAAGCGUGCCAGCGUGGGGAGCGCCGGCCGCGACUUUGGCGACCUGUUCGUGCGUGUGCCACCUCGGGGUAGCGACAGCGUGCGCAAGACGUGCACAAGCGCCGACGCGGCUUAUCGGCAAGAGUCUCGAGCGCCAGCGCCGCUUGGUGAGCCGGACGCGCCGAGGACCUCGCCACCCCUACUGCCGCCGCCGUACCGACACGGCUACCCGGCUGCCAGCGGCGGCUUCUACGGUGCCUCUUCGCCAGCUCGGCGGCAGAGCGCCGCACCAGAGGGCAGCGCGCGAGCUGGUGUCGUCCUCUCCCACGGCGAAAGCGGCCGCGCUGGCUACGGUGAUGCGGAAUGCAGGAACACCGCCAGUGCUGCCUCACCCACCGUCUGCAGCGUUAGGCAACACCAGCGCUCGACCGAUGAGCCGAGCAGCUCCUUGCAGGUGUACGCGGUGCAGCCGCCGCGCGGACUUCAGGGCAUGCACGCCCCCUCUACCGCUGCCGUCACUGCGACGUCGGUGCAGAUCUCGCCGACGCUGACGGAGGUGGACAUACACUUCCUCGGUGGCAGCUCCGGCAGCGUCUCCGUUGAGGUCUCCGCUGAUGCUUCGCUGACGGCGAAUGCGGCGGGUGUGAGUGCCCCGUCCUGCGCCGCGGACGCGGCACCGCGCUCGAGCGAGCGCGGCGCGGGCGGCGACACAGGCGGCAGCGAUCGAGGACGCGCGCUUGCCUCAGCUGGAGCGCCGAGUCCUUCGGCGACAUCACCGACACCGUACACCGCCACGGCACCGAUGAUGCUACUGGCGCCGCCGCAGCCCUUGUCGGGGUCGCCGCCGCCGCAGUCGCAAACCUGUCAAGGCGACCACAGUGGUGGCGGAGGCAGCAGCAACUCACCCAAGCCAGUUUCACUGGCGUCUGCAAGCUCCACCCGCAGCGCCCACUGGACUGCCGUGCACACGGCAACCAAUGCAAACACUUGCGUCACGCCACCGCCACCCUCCUCAACGGCCUCCGCAGCCGGCAGCCCCGCGGUGCACGUCAGCAAUAGUGGUAGCAACGGUGGCGGCGCCGCCAACGCCGUUGGCCACGGCCACGCUCAGAUGACGCCCGCCUCCGUCAGCGUCGCUCUGCAGAACCACUUCGGCUCCUCGCCUGCGACGACCACGACAACCUCGUCAUCGGUGAGUGGGGCCAACAACACUAUGCCGAGCUUUAGCAGCAAGGGCGCCGCCGGCUUCCACUCCGGCACCACUUCGAUGUCGGAGCGCGGCUUUCCGUUGAUGCCAUUGCCGCCACCCCCCCUACUACUGCCCGCGCUCAGCUCAUCCUCUCCUCCCGCGCUUGGCGCGGGGACCACUUCGUCCUCGUGCAUGCUUUCCGUGCCAGACGCAUCGGCCGCCACACUUGUGACCACCCGCGAUGCGAGCCUCGACGUCUCAGCGGGCGACCAUGGUCACCAUCAGGACGCGACUGUACUGUCGCUGCCGCCGCAACAGCUAUCGAACACCAGUCAGCCGCAUCGCUCGGUGCAGAACUCGGCGUCACCUGCGCCCGACACUUCGCUUCUCAACGCGGAAGGUGCCACGCACCUCACCGUGAGCGGCGGUACCGCGCCGAAGCACAUGAGCAGCCGCAACAACCACUCGCUCCAGCUGCCCGACGAUGGUGGAGUGCCGGCCGCCUCGCUGACGCCCAUGCCGCUUGCAGUGCCCAACAACAGUAUGUACGGCACCUUUGACGCGUAUUACGGCCACAGCGUCGUGACACCGCAGGCAGUGCUGCUGCGCCAGCAGGCCCAGGUGGCGGCGACGGCCUCUGUUGCGCCCUCGUCGGCCAUCCGAGCGCUGACCUCACCGCGGCACCGGGCAACCGCCAACACAGCAGCGCCGCUGCCAGCAACCGUGACACUGGCGGCGGAGCGAGACGCUCGAAAGGGUGAGCUGCACAACGGUGGGUGCGCCGGUGAUCACGACGUCAGAGGCCCUGCUGGUAUGCUCGGCAGCGCCACGUCGACGCCAGCUGCUGCAGGGGCUGCCGCUGCUGCUGCUGCUGCUGCUGGGGGCAAUGCGCAGCAGCUGCCUCCGCCGCCGCCGCAUUUGCAGGCCCCACGCAGCGGGCCGCGGCGAACCAGCUCUGGGCUGCUGCCGUACACGUACUCAGCCGACUCCGUGAGCAGCAUGUAUGGCACGACGCACUAUCCUCUCUACCAGUACCCGGACGACCCGAGCGGCGCAGCGGCAGCGGUGCACACGGGAGUCUCGCCGCCCACGUUAUCGAUGCCCGGCGCGGCAGUGAUGGGUGGUGGCAGCAGCGCCACAACGACCGCGCUGGCUGGGUCCACCCACGCCGGCGCCUCCGGGGUUCACACGUACAAAUCUUCGGGCUGUAGCAGCAGCCACGUCUUCGGGGUGAGCGCCACCGGCGUCACGCAGGUCUACACGUCUCCCGGCAACUCCGCCGCGCUCUUGGGCAUCGGUGGGGCUGGUCGCCCCGAGAACUGGAGUUCUCACUCACAAUCGCCGCGCGUGCCGGACUCGCCGGUGGACGUGAACGCCAGCGUCAUCGCCCCUCUGUCGCUGCCGCUUGCGCAGGAUACGCACAUGAACCGCCUGAAGCAGUACAACAAGCUUCUAUCCGACCUCCUCGGCGUCGCCGGUGGCCCGAUGCGCAGCGGCAUCUCCUUUUACUACACCUACGGCGAUGCCACGGCGCUGCUGUACAACGCGUCCAUCCGGGCUCCCUGUGACGAGAACAUUCUCGAGCUGCUAGACCGUCAGCAAUGGGAGAAGCAGCAGGAACUUCGGCAGCUGUCACGCACCGACGGCGGUGGCGGCGGUGCUUUCUCCAACUCUGGGGGUGCGUCAGACAGCAGCACGUCGGGCGGCGAUAAGAUACCGAUGCACACCAGCAGCGGAUCCUACUCCAUGUCCAGCUCAGCGACAGACAACACUGGCACCUGGCGUGUUCCAGUCACCUUAGCCGGCAUUGGCGCGUCUCCUCCAGCUGCACCGCCGCCUGCGCCUCAACUGCAGGCCACGCUCCACGGCAGCGGCAGCGCAGCUGGAGAAGACGCGAAUGCCGCUGGUCAAGGGGUGUGCAAUGCUCGAGAGGACUCCACCGCUGCCCGCGCUGCCGCUGCCGCGGCAACCGAAGAUGAGGGCUGCUCGUAUCUUGAGUACGGCGGCCUUGCCGGGUUGCAGAACACGAUGGACGCUCUGGAGUCCGAGCAGAUCGAGGCGCAGCGGGCACGCAACACACGCUUUUACUCCGUCUUUGAGCACCUCCAUCACGCCUACCACGACACUGUGUUGGAGGCAAUCGGCAACGGCAGUGCCCAGUCUGUCGGGCUCAGCCCCGUCACGGCCGCCACCGCGACCGGCUCCCUCUACACGGGGCUCACUGGAGGGGUCGGCACAGAGUACUUCUUCCCUUCCGCCGCGUCUGCCGCCGGCGCGGCGGGUGCGGAGCGGCACACUGCGUCUCCACACUGCGUCGGCCACGCCACCGCGCCGGGAUCGGUUACCCCUCCACCUGGCCUGCUGUGUGGCGGGACGGGUGUGGCGGACACAGUGGGCCUGUCGCGCUGGAGACGGCGGCUUUGGGGCCGCGUGUGCGCGCUUGUGGCAUGGGUGGGCUCCCUCGUGGGCCUCGCGCGCACGCCGCGCGCCGACUCGGCCGCUGCGGGAGUGCAUGUUGCGGGUGGCGCCACCGAUAGUGGUGUGGGGAUGCUGUGGCGCUUGUCGCAGCUCGCCCCAGACGGCGCGAAGUUUGGUUUCGAUCCAGCCAAACUCGCCGAGUACUUCCCGGGCGAGCGCAUCGUGACGUUCGGGGACGAGUGGUGCAUCGCCUCGCGGCUGGACAUGCACAAUGGACACUUCGGCCUCUCGCCUCUGCAGGUGUGGAUGGCCACGCGCUACUCGCGCCGCUUCGCAGGCGAGGUGUACCUGAUGGACGUGAUCGCAGCCGGCGGCGACCCGUACUACCCAGCUGUCCGUGUCUUGGAUGAGAUCGUCGCGCAUGCCGUGCUCUACUACCACAACCACAGCCUGCGGGACUUUGUGGAGGAUCUAGAGGCGGAGCUGGGGCUCGUGUACGUGCCGCAGACGCUCUGGGGCAGGCGCGCGCUGGGGCUCCCAGAUGACGAUGCCGAGGUGCAAGAGCUGGAAGGGCUGCUGUACACUGCCACCCGACGUCGGCAAGACCGCCGCCGCCGGCAACGCGCUCAGGAAAAGUAUCGGCAGCGCCGCCGCUGUAGCGACGGUGCAGGGGGCGGUUUCGAGAAGGGCCGCGCUGCGACGCCCCGAAUUCCACUGCCUACCACGACAGGCGUCUCACGCUCGGCCGCCGCUGACGGGCUCCGCCACACGGAUGGGGCACCGCCGCCGCCGCCGUUUCCUCCGCUUGCGGCCGACGCGGCGCGUGAGGGUACGAGGCAGGGAGGCCCGACGGCGGGCAGCCGCCUCGACCGACGCCGCUUUAACAGCCCCCAAGCUCCGCCGAUCAGCAGCGCAGCUACUCAGGGCAGCGUCGGCGGCGCCAGCGAUGCCUGCCCGCUACUGCCGAGCCCGGUGAGCAACGGCGAUGACCUACCGUCUGUCGCGGCGAUCGCGGCAACAACGCCAGCGAACCUCUCCCCACCGCUCCAGCCGUAUCACCGUCCUCGGCGCCACGCUAAUGCCCGCCUCGAGGAUGAAGAGAUGGCCGAGUACACCUGGAUCCAACUGCAGGGCAAGGACCAGGAGGAAGACGAGGAGGUCUUCUACGGCGCAACGGCCGCAGCCGCCGCGGGACUUGGCGGUGGCGACAUCAACAUCGCGCCCCACGUGUACGACGCGGUGAUGGAGCGUGAGGUGUAUGACGAGCGCAUGCUGCUGCGCGAGCUGGACCACUUGAAGGAGUUUCUCGUUGACAACCGCAACGUCCUGUCGUCGGCGAUGCUCACCACGGCUGGCUCCAACUCGCUUGAGGCCGUCUUUGGUGUCCCGGCGACCGUGUUCCCGUUUCUGCUGUGCGCGCGCGAGAGCGUGCCGUUCGUAGCUUCCAUCUUCGAGUCCCUCUCUUACCACUACGGCCCUCUCACCUACGACAACUUCUCCAAGUACGCCUACGAUGUCUACCACCGUGAACGGCCCGACGUGCUGCGCCACACCCCGCGCAUGUUCCGCAUGGUCAACAAGAGCCGCCGCGGCUGCAUUACUUACGAGGAGCUGUGCCGGUGGAUGGCGCGAAAGCUGAGCUGCGGCAACAAUGUUCAGCCGAACGGGCACCUGCUGGCGACGAGUAUGUCGCUGCGGCUGCCGCUCGCCCUGGUGGCCGAGUCUCGCGACGAGUGGGACGCGUACCGUUGCGUACUCAAGUCGCUCUCCGACGGCGAUGACGAGGAGUACUGA